ACCGCAACCGACGCGUCCAUGAGCGGAGGCCCCGCCAGCAGCCCUUCCUAUGAAAGCCAGCCCUCGGUCGAGAUCAGGAGAUGAGAUGGGGCAGGGAAACUUCAUGGGGACACUGGUGCUGUUGCUUGUCACCUUCAUUGGGGCUGUCAGAGGAGGCACACUGGCUCUUCCUCGCCCAUCAAACGUGAGUUAUACCCUCAAUGAAACACGCUGCCAGUUGGAUGUGGUGUGGACUCCUGUAAGAAUGGAAGGUGCCUGCGAUGUAGAGUAUCGGAGUGCUAUAAGGACCGGUGGAGUUUGGGUCACAGUGCAUAUUCUUCGAAACCACUCCCGGACAGUGCAGGUACCUCUAGGUAAAGAAGUUGUUUUCGGAGUCAGAACGGAAUGUCAGCAAGAACAGAGCCAGAAAGGAGAGUGGCUUAAUAUCUCUCUUCCACAAAAAGGUGUUCCAGGUACGGGAGCGGUUAAUGUCAGCUGUGUUUGGUAUAUUGAGAGAUACCUGGAGUGCUCGUGGCUUCGUGGAGAGAAUGCAAGUCGUGACACAAACUACAGCUUGACUUUGUGGAUCCCAGGCCUCAGAAGAGAACAGCCAUGCACAAAUUACACAAAGCAAGGUGGUGCCUUUCGAUGUGCAUUUGACUUGAAAUAUACCUGGAUGGAAUUCAGCAUUUCAAUACGAGGCAAUUCCAAGGACAUUCAACCUGUGUGUAUCCUAAGCGAAAUGUCGGGAGAACGCGGAUUUCCAGUCAGACUGAAUGCUCCAUCGAUUGUAAACACCGCAAAGAACAGUGGAGGUGUUUUUUUAAACUGGACUAAACCAUCCCUAUGGAGCGGCAUGAUCUAUGAAGUUGAAAUUAAUAACUCUGAAUCAGAGAUACAGCAGACUCCCAAUACUAAUAUAUCAAUCAGUCUCAAGCCUAAGGCACGCCACACUUUUCGAGUGAGAGCAAAGUUCGACAUCUGGACCAGUGAUUGGAGCGAGGCGGAGGACUGGGAUCAGAGAGACCACACAUUAUGUAUCCCAUACAUUCUUGCUCCAUUAUGUGUGGCCGUCCUGACUGUCGUUUUUCUCAUUUACCGGAAACGGAUUAAAGAGACGAUUCUUCCUACAAUUCCUGAGCCUAGAAACCUUCUGGAACAAAUGCUUGACGGGGAAAGCAAAGACUAUUCGAAAGCAAAAUCUGUCCCAGAAGACCCCAGAUUAAGCUGAGUAAAUCCAUUUCAUGGUAUUCAUGCAGCCUUCUUAGGGGAGCCAACUUGAAUAAAAUAUUGUGGGAGCUCAGGUAAGCCCCACCCUGCACAAUCGAUCAUAAGACAUGGCGA